GGUGGGGCUGGCUGGAGCCGCUUUUGCCUGCCCUUGGGCCGGACGCUUUUGUCGCCCCGGGCUGGCGUCUCGUUGCCCUGUAGCAGGGCGCAGGCCCGGCCAGGCGGGAGCCCCGGCCCAGUGGGCGGGCCGGGAGGCAGGGCCAGCCGGCGGGCUCGGCGCAGCGGCCGCUGCUCCUGCUCGGGCCGGGCGCAGGCGCUGUAGCCUGUUCCCCUUCGGGAAGCGGGUUCCGACCCGCACGGCUCCGUCAAUGAGCUGCGAGGUUGUUGCGCUGUACUUUGCCAGGAGCGCUGAAUUGGCAGGUGUUCGCUCUGAGAUUAUUUCUGUACCGCAACAAUUAACCUCUCUACAGCUGUGGGAAGAAAUUGUGAAAAGGCAUCCAAGACUUGCUGCCAUUCAGGAUCAAGUGGUUUUCGCUGUUCGCCAGGAAUACGUGCUUCUGGGUGAUCAGCUUCUGGUCCUGCAGUCAGGUGACGAGGUUGCCAUUAUCCCACCUAUCAGCGGGGGCUAACUCCUGGCG